AUGAUCAAAUGGGAGGAAUUACCUAAUGAAAUAAUCAACACCGUAUGUGACUACCUCAGUUUUUCCGAACGUCGUACUUUAUCAAUGGUUAGUCGUCGAUGUCUUCAAAUUGUUCGAUCUCGACGAGAAAAAUUCGCUGGAGUAAUCGUGAGAGGAGUACCAUCUGUGAAUUACUAUUUUAUCGACAUAGCAUUUGAAGAUGGCUCACGAUUACGAAAGGAGUUUAGCAGUUCGUAUUGCGGUACAACGGAUGUAAAGACAGUAAAGACAGACUAUUCCAACCCAUUUGGAUCGUGUCAUAAUGGAAGAAUAAGGAAAGUGACGCCGUAUCAGCUGAUGACCGUCCAUCUCAGGAAUAUUUUGGAACGAAGUACACUACAUACACUGUACAUCGGACUAGUCGAUGUCGCGCCCUUGCUCAACUCUGUCGAUUGUCGCGUGGCCAGCGUGGUUUUACCAGAUGAAUGCGAGAUGGACCACGUUCCACGUUUGACAGAGCCGUCGAAGACUAUAAUGACGAAAGUUAUAUGAUUACAUGAUUCGCAAUGGGACUUUGAUCUCUGAGGUUGCAUCCUCGUGUACAUGAUUACGUUAUUGUUGCAUCCUCGUGUACGUGAUGUACAUCAAUCGGACAGGAAUCUACGCGGUAGCUUUAUAUCAUAAGACGAACCUGCCACUGAAACUCGCAAAUCUUUAUAACCACUCCACCCAUCCUUGCACAACGUUCUAUGACUUUGCCCCAUGUCAUCUGCUCAGUUUGUGUUUCUUUGAACCCAAAGAGAAUAAAGAG